AAGACCUUUGUCGGGCGUACUCUCCCUCUUGUCCGCCUAUCAGUUGCCACUUCUCAAGCUUCCAGGCAUAAGAUAAAGCUAUAAAGAAGUAAACAAUGGAAAACAAAAGAAUCGGCAGAGAGGUGGUGGUCUCGGCUCUGCAGUUCGCUUGCACCGAUGAUGUCUCCACUAAUCUUGCCACUGCGGAGCGGCUAGUCAGAGCUGCUCAUGCAAAGGGUGCAAACAUAAUUCUUCUACAGGAAUUAUUCGAGGGAUAUUACUUCUGUCAAGCACAAAGGGAGGACUUCUUUCAGCGAGCUAAUUCUUAUAACAACAAUCCUACAAUUUCCAAGAUACAAACACUUGCCAAGGAGUUGGGUGUCGUGAUACCAGUUAGCUUCUUUGAAGAGGCCAAUAAUGCCCAUUAUAAUUCAGUGGCCAUAAUUGAUGCUGAUGGGACUGAUCUUGGACUAUAUAGGAAGUCCCAUAUCCCUGAUGGACCAGGCUAUCAGGAAAAGUUUUAUUUUAAUCCAGGAGACACUGGCUUUAAGGUUUUCCAAACCAGAUAUGCAAAAAUUGGAGUUGCUAUAUGUUGGGAUCAGUGGUUUCCUGAGGCAGCCAGAGCUAUGGUUCUUCAAGGUGCUGAAAUUUUACUUUAUCCGACGGCUAUUGGUUCUGAACCUCAAGAUGAAGGAUUAGAUUCCCGUGAACAUUGGAGGCGAGUGAUGCAAGGGCAUGCUGGAGCUAACUUGGUACCAUUAUUAGCUUCAAACCGCAUCGGGAAGGAAAUUGUUCCGACAGAACAUGGAAAGAGUGAGAUCACAUUCUAUGGGAAUUCGUUUAUAGCAGGGCCAACUGGGGAAUUAGUUGCAAGUGCAGAUGAUAAAGAGGAAGCUGUUCUCAUUGCAAAAUUUGAUCUUGACAAAAUCAAACUGAAGAGAAACAGCUGGGGUGUAUUUCGUGAUCGGCGUCCAGAUUUAUACAAGGUACUUCUGACCUCAGAUGGCAGCAAAAUCUCCUUUUGACCCUGUAUGGAUUCUCCUGUGAAGUCUUAACCACAGCAUGAAACUUCUGAAGAAUGGAGAAAAACAUGACGAACAACACAGAUGAUAUUCUGAAAUCUUCAAAUGUGUUAUUUAAAAUACUUGGAUAUUUUUGUUUUUUAUUUGAAUGAUCGUUCAUAAAGCACCAUUUUGAAGGUUGCUUUUUAUUUAUAUUGUCUUUUCUUUGGAAUAAGCGGAAUGAUGGCUUUUAUCAAGAGCCUUGGCCUCGUGCGCUAAUUCUCCCCGUGGAAACAAAUUCCUCUGUUUGUUCUGGCUUGGUGUGGCUUCUUUGCUUUGCUUUUAUUAAAUUAAGGGAAAAACAUUUUCACUCUCAAA